AUGAGUGUCUUUAAGAACUACCGACGGUCUCUGUCAGAUCCUGCUGAAGGUGCCACAGGAGCUCGGGCCAGUUUGAAGAAUUACCAGUGGCAUUGUCCAGCAAAAGACAAGAAGAGGACCAGUGAUGAUGCCGAUUCAGAUCUAGGGAAGCCACUAAGGGCUUAUCGGUGGCAGACUCAUUAUCCCUUUUACUGGAAGUUGAGCAAAAGAGAGAGAUUUGAGCAUCAGAAAAGUGACCCCGAUGAGACACCCUGUCUCACAGACAUCCUGAAGGUGGUCAGCAGUGAUUCUGCUUCUGAGAGCACCCUAAGCGAGCCGGUGGGAGCGGGGAAUCGAGCUAGGACCAGAUCAGUUCGGGUUCCGUUCAGCAGGUCUUUUUCUGAACCUUUGCCCCAUGAUGACAGCAACAGGUCGGCGAGACCACCUCUCACCUCGGUGAGGUCAGUGGACUCUGAUCAACAGAGAUACCUCAUCCGGGGUAUCUUCUCCACUCUGUCCAAUGGCUUCUCCAGGAUGCUGAGUCUCAAAGGAGAACCCAGCAGUGAAUCAGUGAAUGAAGAUGUGAAAGGGCCGCCUACCCACCGCUUGUCGUGCGGUCAGUCACCUUACACUGAAACAGCAAAAUGGGAGCGGAAGUACUGCAUACUUACAGACAGCCAGUUGGUGUUGCUCAACAAAGAGAAGGAGGUCUCUUCAGAAGGUGGGCAAGAGCCUCAGACAGAUUCGACCAAAGGGCGAUGCCUGAGGAGAACUGUGAGCGUCCCUUCAGAGGGUCAGUUUCCCGAAUAUCCACCGGAGGGCGCCAGCAAGCUAGAGGUUCCAGCGGAAAGGUCUCCCCGAAGGCGGAGUAUCUCUGGGACCAGCACAUCGGAAAAGACAAACUCCAUCGAUACCACAAACACUUCUCCUUUCAAAGUUUCAGGUUUCUUUAGCAAACGGCUGAAGGGAUCCAUCAAGAGAACGAAAAGCCAGUCGAAGCUUGACAGAAACACUAGCUUUCGACUUCCAUCCCUUCGAAACAAUGAUGACAGGUCUCGGGGGCUGCCCAAACUGAAAGAAGCACAUUCCCACGAGUCCUUGCUGAGCCCAGUGGAAACCCUGGAUCUGGAAAGGGGACGACCAAUCUCCGUGAGACCGCUCCAUAGGAGCAUCCUUGGACGAGACUUCUGCUUCGAGGUCACCUAUCUGAGUGGCACCAAGUGCUUCAGGAGUCAUUCUGCUGCCUCAAGAGAUGGCUGGAUUCAAAACCUCUACAUAGCCAUUCAACCCAACAAGGACAAUUGUCGGCGGGCCGAGCAUGCCCUCCGGUUAUGGAUCAUCGAAGCUAAGGACUUGGCCCCCAAAAAGAAAUAUUUCUGUGAGCUCUGCCUGGAUGAUACCCUUUUUGCAAGAACCACUAGCAAAAUCAGAGCUGAUAACAUUUUUUGGGGGGAAUAUUUUGAAUUUUUUAGUCUUCCUGCACUACAUAGCAUCACCAUCCACAUUUACAAGGACAUGGAAAAAAAGAAGAAAAAGGACAAGAAUAAUUACGUUGGCCUGGUCAAUAUCCCUACAACCAGCGUGACCGGCCGCCAGUUCGUAGAAAAGUGGUAUCCUGUCAGCACGCCGACAGCCAGCAAAGGAAAGGCAGGGGGACCGUCCAUUCGGAUCAAGUCCCGUUUCCAGACCAUAACCAUCCUGCCUAUGGAGCAAUACAAAGAGUUUGCGGAGUUCAUUACCAGCAACUACACCAUGCUCUGCUCCGUCCUAGAGCCUGUAAUCAGCAUCAGGAUCAAAGAAGAGAUAGCGUGUGCCCUAGUGCAUAUUCUUCAAAGCACUGGCAGGGCCAAGGAUUUCCUGACAGAUGUGGUGAUGUCCGAGGUGGACCGUUGUGCAGAGCAUGAUGUCUUGAUCUUCAGAGAGAACACAAUUGCCACCAAGUCCAUUGAGGAAUACCUGAAGCUGGUGGGAUGGCAGUAUCUCUACGAAGCUUUAGGGGAUUUUAUAAAGGCUCUGUAUGAGUCGGAUGAAAAUUGUGAAGUGGAUCCGAGCAAAUGUUUGUCCAGUGAACUUACCGACCACCAGAGUAACUUGAAAAUGUGCUGUGAGCUGGCCUUCUGCAAGAUUAUCUACUCCUAUUGUUACUUUCCCCGUGAGCUGAAGGAAGUAUUUGCAUCAUGGAAGCAGCAGUGCCUAAUACGGAACAAGCAGGAUAUCAGUGAACGGCUCAUCAGCGCCUCACUCUUCCUGCGGUUCCUGUGCCCGGCCAUAAUGUCCCCAAGCCUCUUCAACCUCGUGCAGGGCUACCCCGAUGACCGCACAUCACGGACUUUGACCCUAAUUGCCAAGGUUAUCCAGAACCUGGCCAACUUCACCAAGUUUGGUAACAAGGAAGAGUACAUGACUUUCAUGAAUGAUUUCAUAGAACAAGAGUGGGAUGGAAUGAAGUCCUUUCUUCUGGAGCUCACUAAUCCAGAAACCAUCCCAAUCACACCAGGAUUUGAUGGCCACAUUGAUCUGGGCAGAGAGCUUUCUGUCUUGCAUUCUUUGUUAUGGGACGUUAUUUCUCAGCUUGAUAAGGGUGAAAAUUCCUUCCUACAGGCAACCGUGGCCAAACUGGGACCCCUCCCCCGUAUUCUUGCCGAUAUUAACAAGUCUCUGAGCAACCCCACACCAAUUCAGCAGCAGCUGAGGCGCUUCACGGAACAUAGCUCCACUCCAAAUGUUAGCGGCAGUCUCUCCUCUGGGCUGCAGAAGAUAGCCGAGGACCCCGCUGACAGUGAUCUGACUAAACUGAAAUCUCCCACGGAGGAGAACAUCCACAACUACUUCAAAGGUAAAACCCUCCUGCCAGUCCAGCAGGCAUCUUCCCAGAGCGUGACUUACUCGGACAAAGACGAGAAGGACAGCGGGCUCCCCAACGGAAGGAGCAUCUCCCUCAUGGAUCUUCAGGACCCCCAGAUGGCCCACAGCGACCUCACUUCCAUCAUGCAUGAUGUCCCCGUGCGCCUGGCCGGCAGCCAGCUUUCCAUCACCCAGGUGGCCAGCAUCAGACAGCUAAGGGACACCCAGAGCACCUCCCAGAACACCCCGCAGAGUGCGCCCCAGGUGAGAAGGCCUCUGCACCCAGCCUUGAGUCAGCCAGGGAGUCUCCAGCCUCUCUCGUUCCAAAACCCGGUGUAUCACCUUAACAACCCACCGCCGGCCCUGCCGAAGGCUUCGGUGGACUCCAGCUUGGAGAACCUCAGCACCGCCAGCUCCAAGAGCCAGAGUAACAGCGAGGAAUACAAAUUCAGCGUUCCCAGCAACAGCAGCGUGGAGGACUUCACCAAACGCAGCACCCAGAGCGAGGAUAUUUCCCGGCGACCCACCGGGCCCGACAGGCACAUACCCUUGGUGCUCCCCCGCCAGAAUAGCAGUGGGCAGGCCCAGCUCAGCAAGACCGACCAGGCGGGCUUGGGUGCCCGGGCCAAGGCGCCGCACUCCCUCCCUCAGAGCGCUUCCCUCCGGAGCACAGGGAGCAUGUCCGUCACAUCCACCGCCAUGAUAGCUGAGCCCAUCCAGAACGGGAGUCGGUCCAGGCAGCCGUCGUCUUCCUCCCGGGAGAGCCCCGUUCCCAAAGUGAGAGCGAUCCAGAGGCAGCAGACCCAGCAGGUUCAGUCACCUGUGGAUUCGGCCACCAUGUCCCCCGUCGAGAGGACAGCCGCGUGGGUUUUGAACAAUGGGCAGUAUGGAGAAGACGAGGAAGGGACUGAACCCUGUCAGGAUGACAUCAAGCACGCUGAGAAGUACGAACAGGAGAUUGCCAAGCUGAAGGAGCGCCUGAAAGUGUCAAGCCAGCGCUUGGAGGAGUACGAGCGCCGGCUCCUCGUGCAGGAACAGCAAAUGCAGAAGCUGCUGAUGGAGUACAAGGCCCGGCUGGAGGAGAGUGAGGAGCGGCUGCGCCGGCAGCAAGAGGAGAAAGACAGCCAGAUGAAAAGCAUCAUCAGCAGGCUAAUGGCUGUGGAGGAAGAGCUGAAGAAAGAUCAUGCUGAGAUGCAAGCAGUUAUUGACGCAAAACAGAAAAUCAUUGAUGCCCAGGAAAAGCGAAUUCUGUCUCUGGACUCAGCCAACACUCGGCUGAUGAGCGCCUUAACCCAGGUCAAAGAGCGCUACAGCAUGCAGGUCCGAAACGGCAUUUCUCCAACCAACCCCACUAAACUGUCCAUCACAGAGAACGGGGAGUUCAAAAACAGCAGCUGCUGACCACCUCCACCAAACUGCUUCUCCCGGAGGGAGCUGGUGAAGCUGCCUUGGAAAUCCAAAUCCACCUUCUUGUCCCUCUCGCCUCCCGUCCGACCACCCACCCGUCCACGUUUUACUGAAUGCUGCUCGAGUAAAGCAACAACGGUGAAUUCUCUGCAGGAUGAAAUAAACUCUUCUUUCAGGUUUGACGACUAGAACUCCUCAGAUUAAUACGCUCCCCCAGAUCUCUGUGUGGUGAAUUCUGGGCCGUGUACAGAAAAUGUCACUGUAAUAUACCUAAAGGAGGUGAAUAAUGUAGAUGAUCUUUUUAACUAUUGCUGUUUUUAUUAUUGUUGUUCCCUUGCGCCGAAAGCCCUGUUGUCAUCGGCAGAGAGGGAGGCGUUUUGCGUGUGGAGGCGACCGGGGGUCGGAACGGUGAGAGAUCGAGGAAGGUCCAGAAGCGAGAAGGUGCAUUUCUGAGUUCAGGUUUCACGGGGCCACCUGCAGCAGAAGCCUGGGGCUCUUCAGAGAGCCAUCUGUCUACUGGCUUCUGGCCCUUGUGGGUCCCUUGACCUUUACCGACAAAACCCAUCCCCAAAUCGAUUUGGACAUAGGUGACCCCUGAGCCUGGACCCAGUUCUUUUUCCGUCCACCGUCCAGAAGUGCAGCAAAACUGGACUGGGGGAGUUAGGGUCACUCAGUCCGUUUCCUUUUUUCUGCAGCAGACCUUCUCUCUCUGGUAGACGAAAGGGAAUCUCCAGUUUUCGAUCUGGGAUUUUUUUUUACCCCAAUUGUAAUGAAGUGGCUUUGUUUAUUUUUCUCUCUAGAGUUUACAGAACUGUAAAUAUAUGUGUUCCUGAACUGCGGUUCUUCGUCUUCCUCCCCGGCUCCUUCCUCCCUUCCUCUCUCAGGGCAGGAGAGGUCCCACUCUUCAAGGUUUGGAGCUCAGUGGCAGAAGUGAUCUUCAUAUCCUUUAGAAAGCACUGGGACCCAGCCCCGGCUCUGAACCUGAUAGGCCUUCUGUGGGAAAUAAGCCUGUCGGCUACCACUCCCAGGUCAUUGGCCCUGGCCUUGGUUCCCUCUUUCAUCAAGCGGGUCAUCCUGAUCCAAACCUGGCAGGGCAGCGUGGUCCUCAUCAACUCCCACCCCACAAGCAUUCUUCACUCACAAAUCCAGGAGACAGCUCGACAUCCUGUGUCCCCGCGACUCUGACCCGAUUUGCCCCUGCUCCGACAAGAAAGGAAACCCUGGUGGUGGGUGGCUUGCUCAAGUUUUCCUCUCUCCGCUCCAUGGGA